AUGAUGGAAAAAUUGACCAAAGCUCAAAAGGAUGCAAUAGCUGAAUUGACCCAUCUACUGACAGGAGGAGUAGAUAAAGGAAAGGGCCCUAUGGCUAAUCCUGGAGAAAGUAGUGAGGAUCCGUUAUAUCCUCCGGGUUUCACUCUACCAAAUGCACAAACCCAAGCUGAACUAUACUCAAGGAGACCGUCUGUUACAAUUAGGCCGCAACAAUUGCAAAUUGGUGCCACGAUCCCCAUGGUUUUCCAAGGAGGAUUAAGUUUAAACCCGAGAGAUAACCUAAUUAAUCCCAUCAUUCCUAAUUUUGAUGAAGCAGUUGAAGAAGGAAAGGCGAACGCGGAAUUGCCAAAACAAUGGGAAGAUAGGUAUAAAUGGUUGGAGGAAAAAUUCAAAGCCUUAGAAAGCGCUGAUAGUAAUCAGGGAAUCGACGCUAAAGAUCUAAGCUUAGUCCCAGAUUUAGUACUUCCUCCCAAAUUCAAGAUGCCUGAAUUUGAAAAAUACAAUGGAACUAGCUGCCUUGAAGCCCACAUCACUAUGUUCUGUAGAAGGAUGACUGGCUACGUUAAUAACGAUCUACUGUUAAUACACUGUUUCCAAGAUAGUUUGUACAGCCAUGUAACGGAUAUGACCCCUGAUAGAAUUGUAUUACAAAACAUAGAGAAGAAACCAAGUGAGAGUUUCAGGCAGUAUGCACAAAGAUGGAGGGAAGUUGCUAUCCAAGUCCAACCGCCACUCUUAGAGAGAGAAACUACGAUGCUCUUUAUCAAUACCUUAAAAGCCCCAUUCAUCACGCUCAUGCUGGGAAGUGCAACAAAAAGCUUCUCAGAUAUAGUAAUGAAUGGGGAAAUGAUUGAGAAUUCCAUAAGAAACGGGAAAAUAGAAGCAGGAGAGAGUAACAAAAGGUCAGCCUCGAGAAGAAAGGAAAAUAAAGUAAACAACGUGAAUACGUACAACAAGUCAAUUACGGUGAACCAGCCAAGGAAUGUGGUUGCUAGUCAGCAAGGUUCAGCAAGACAAGAAUCUGGUAUGAGACAAGGUACUGAGAAGCCCCAGUUCACACCAAUUCCGAUGUCAUACAAGAAGCUGUAUCAAAAUUUGUUGAACGCACACGUUGUUUCUCCCCAUUACUUGACCCCUUUACAACCCCCGUAUCCCAAAUGGUAUGAUGCGAGCGCACAAUGUGAUUACUAUGCGGGAAUUACAGGGCACUCAAUAGAAAAUUGUACUACCUUCAAGAAGCUAGUCAAAAGACUUAUUAGCAUGGGUGUUUUCAAGCUUGAUGACUCACCUAGCACAGAAAAUCCGCUAUCUAAUCAUACCGAUAAGGGAGUGAAUAUGACGAGCAAAAGUAGGGGAGAAGAAGUCAAGAACGACAUUGUUGAAGUAAAAACUCCAUUGAAAUGGGUCUGGAGAGAGAUGGCGAAGAGAGGGCUAGUUAUUUCAGAUUUUGAAGAAAGGUAUGAGACCGAAAACUAUUGUGAAUUCCACCGCGAAGUAGGACAUGAGAUUCAAAAAUGUGAGAGAUUCAGGGCUCUGGUCCAAAACAUGAUGGAUAACAAAGAGAUGAGGUUUUAUGAAGAGGUGGAGGGUAAAAGAAAUAUUUGCUCAUCAGAGUCAGCAACGAAGACUCCGGAAAUGAAUCAUCUUGUGGUCAUCAUUUCAUGCCCUUGGAGCAAUGAGUCUAGGGUUCAGAUAACACCAAAAAUUGUAAUCCAAAAACCAUCAAAUUUCUCAUAUAAGGAUAGCAAAAUGGUGCCGUGGAAUUAUGGGUGCAAUGUGAUAAUCUUGGGAAGAGAAGCGGAGAGAAAUCAGGAAAUAGGUUCUUACACGCGUAAUGGGAAACGAUAUGACGCUCAAGCAAAAUCGUCAAGGGAAGAGAAUUGGAAGAAAGAACAGAGGAAAGGGAAGGCAGUGGAAGUUGAGCCAUUGGUUAAUGAACCAAUAAAAGAAGAGGAGGCAAAGGAGUUUUUGAAGUUUUUGAAACACAUCGAAUACAGUGUUGUGGAGCAGCUGCGUAAAUAG